AUUAUUAUUUAUUGUCUUCGGAAAUCGAAGUAUGCAGUUUCGUGAAAAAUCGUUCGGCAGUUUCAAUGAUCAAGAGACUCUUCAGUUCCAGCCACUCGCACACUUUCGCCGUGGAUGAAGGAGUGUACAGAAGGAAAUCCGCCAUACAAAUUUUACCUGCGAACGAUGGCAACAAGGAGUUCAAGAGCUCAGUGAGGAAGGUGUCCAAAAGUUUGGAGGACGAAGCCAAAAUACGAGCUGCCAUCGAAAAGAACGAAUUCAUUAGUCACAUAAUAACAGAAAAGAGGUUGGACGCCAUCUUACGAACCAUAUACUCCCAAGAAGUGAAGGCUGGAGACCUUAUAAUUCAAGAAGGAGAAAUUGGUUCGGAAUUGUACAUUUCCGCGUCUGGAAAAUUCGAAAUAUACAACAAGACGAGUACGCUAAUCACAUUCGAGGACACGAGAGUGUUCGGAGAAUUAGCAUUACUCUACAAUGAGAAGAGAAAAGCUUCAGUGCAUGCCCUCACCAAUGGCAGAUUGUGGGUGGUAGAGAAUAAGACUUUCAAAGAGAUAGUCCAUCGUUCAGAAGAAGAAGAGAGGAGAGAGAUGGUCUUUUUCCUGUCGAAGGUUCCUUCACUGAACACAGUACCACAAGACACACUCGGCUUCGUUACCGGACUUCUCAUACCAACGUUCUUUGAGUCCGGUGUCAAAAUAGUCCAAGAGGGAGAUAAAGGACACUCUUUCUUCAUCAUAAGAGCAGGAUCUGUACAAGUCACCACUAAAGCAGCAGGAGUCGUUGCGACAUUGUCCAAGGGCCAGUACUUCGGAGAGAGGGCUCUAAUAAAUGAAGAUGUGAGAUGUGCGACAGUCCGAGCAGAACCGCCAGGUUGUGAGUGUUUGGUGUUGAGUCGAAAACACUUCAUAAAACAUUUCGGUGACAUCAAAGACUUCCAUAGAAUUUCUAUCACUAACAGCAUCAAAAACCUCUCAAUUGAAGACAACCACAAAUACCAAGAUAUAGAAAUGCGGGAUCUUAAAAGAAUCAGAACUAUAGGUGCUGGAGGUUUUGGUAGGGUGGAUCUGGUGCAGCAUAAAAAAGACUCUAAUUUAGUAUUCGCCCUGAAAUAUCUGAAAAAGUACAAGUGUAUACUCAAGGAACAAAGAGACCACGUCCUGAAUGAAAAGAACGUGCAGAUGAAUUGUUGUUGUCCUUUUAUAAUACGUAUGUUCAAGACGUUUAGAGACUCACGUUAUCUUUACUUCCUAAUGGAAGCGCAGCUUGGGGGUGACUUGUGGCGUCUUCUUUAUUAUACCAGGAGGAAGGCGUUUGACGAUGAAGAAGCCAAAUUCUAUGUGGCCUGCGUAAUAGAAGCAUUUUCAUACCUCCACGAAAGGGGUAUAAUCUAUAGGGACUUGAAACCGGAAAAUCUUCUAAUAGCCAACAACGGAUAUGUUAAACUCACGGAUUUUGGUUUCGCCAAAUUGAUAGGGAACGGGAGGACACACAGUAUGGUAGGAACCCCUGAUUACAUGCCCCCUGAAAUAGUCUUGAACAAGAGUCACGAUAGAGCCGUGGACUGUUGGACUCUAGGCAUAUUCAUUUAUGAGCUGAUAACGCUGAAGACACCCUUCAAAACCUGUUGUGACCAUGACACCUACAAACUCAUCCUCAAAGGUCUGGAACAUUGCAAGUUUCCCAGCCACGUCUCUAGUAAAGCUAAACAUUUGAUCACGCGACUAUGCAAGGCGAGGCCAUCAGAGAGAUUUGGGUACUCAAAAAACGGAGUGGCUGAUGUUAAAAAGCAUCCCUGGUUCUCGCACUUUGACUGGAACGAAUUGAAAAGUUUGGGGAUGAAGGCUCCUCACGUGCCCAAACUGGUAGGUCAGCUCGAUCUCAGCAAUUUUGGAACAUACAAAUAUGACACUCGGGAAGUACCAGAGGUCAUAACAAAUUGGGAUGAUGAUUUUUAAGCCUCCUUUGAGGUCGGUACAAUCGAUGUUUUCUGACUGUUAUGAUAAGGUCUUGAAGGGUGAGGUCAAACAGUUUGUUAUGUUAUGAUGAUGGCAUUAAACUUUGAGUACUUCAUGAGUAGUGGAAGUAAAUUGAAUCGAUGAGUGCUAGUAGCUUUGAAGAAUUUCAUAUUUUAGUGGAUAUAUUUUCCAUAUUUUAUUUUGUGACAAUGUAUAAAGUUAUUGAGUAUAGAAUAUGUAACUUAAAGCAAUGAAAUUCAUUAAUGAAUUUUUUAUUAUGAAGAAGUAAUAUAAAUUAAAUAAAUCACAGUUUAGAAAUA